ACAAUAGGAGUGCUGAUCAAUUUUGUUGCCUAUUGCUGUAUUGGGCUUCCUUGUGGCAUAACAUUGAUGUUUUUAGUCUUCCAUGAAAUUACAGGUCUCUGGAUAGGCUUAGGGAUUGGCGUCUUAACUCAGGCGUCUUUAUAUGUGAUUCUGCUGUGGAGAACAGACUGGGAGAAACAAGCACAGCUGGCCAAAGGACGAACUGCAAUCAAGGCAGCGGUGUACAAUACAUCAGAGACUUGGAUAGAUGUAGAAGUUAGCAGAAGAGAAAGAGAUGCGAUGUU